AUGCCGUCUCCUCCGUUCGCCGACAGCGAUGAAGAGGAAAGCCUUCUGUCCCGAGGCGGCGAUAGGGCUCGCCGCCUGUGGUCCGGCUUCAUUGACUUCGCCAUGCAGGGCAACAUCCUCGAAAUAGCCUUCGGUCUGAUCCUAGCCGCUGCCUUCACAGGCCUCGUCAACUCUUUCGUUGCCAACAUUCUCAUGCCGCCGCUGUCCGUCAUCUUCCCCCUCAACCACAACAUGGAGGAGAAGUUUGCGGUUCUCAAACCCGGACCCGACUACAACCGCGAGGACGGCUACACCACACUCGCACGCGCAAAGGAUGACGGUGCUGUCGUCUUGGCGUAUGGGUCAGUACAUCAUUCCUCCACGCUCUAUACAGAUUGUUCGGUCCCAUGA